GCUGCCACCUAAAUUUGCAGCUGGGUACACGUAGAAAUGUCCUAGUUCAUCGUACCAUAGUAUGAACCAUUCUCGAAUCUCGUCAGUUAUAUCCUCCACCAAACCAGGACCUCUGAUUUUCCAUAACUUGUAAUAUUGAAGCAAAUAUCAAAAUUGAAAGUAUCGGGGAUUGUUAUUGGUGAAUUUUGAGUAUUAGUGUUACAAUCUCUUUAUCAUUAAUCCCCGGACGAAAGCUGGAUCAGUUCUAACUCAUAUAAAUAUUUUUUAUUAUUAGUUUCUAAGUUACGUAUUUUUAUGGCAUAGUGUUAUUCUAUCAAACAUGGUUGAUUUCAUUUUUUAAUUCUGAUGUGUCCUCUGUGUCAUUCUUUAUUGUUAGGAAAGGUCCUAAGUUUAAAGAAAAUAUGAAAGAACCGUGAUUGAUAUGUGUAAUUUCAUACUUUAACUUUUUACAAAUGAUUUUCUACGACUCUUGAAAGUCUUUCUGUAUAUCGAACAAUAUUAAGACACAAAAAUUUAAGAACCGCAGUAAGAUUAAACAAAUUUAACUGUAGUAUAAAUAAAAAGCUUUUCAGAAGAUCCUUCACUUUAUCGCAAUAAAAUAAAAUAUUGGUCGCUCGUGAUCCAAUGAUCCAACAUUCGCUGGGUGAAGAAGUUAAAAUAUUAAUUUAACAGAAGGUUACUCUUGCUCGCUCCUUCUCUGUCUCUUUCGUGAUUCUAUCAGCAAACACCGGCAUUAACGUCAAUUUCUUCUGAAAAUUUUGUUUAUCUUUCUCAAAAACUUCUUGUGACUUCCAGCUAGGUAUCGUCAUACCUAACAAUUCUUCCGUACGCGCGAUCCGAUUUCUCAUCCUCUUCCUCGCUGCGUAUAUUCUCCAGGCUCGCUGUAUGGUUUUCGCAGCAUUCUCGUACGUACUUUUGUGCAAUUUUUUCGACACGAUCGUUCCCGCCUGUACUUUCCUACCAUAAUCGUACAUUCGUUGCGCUACGAUAUUAUAACACUUUUAUUGAAAUUAUUAACCGUAAACAAUGAUUUAUUCAUAGAAUCUUCACCGUCUAUUCCAACACAACGAGCCAUUCUUGCUCUUUCGUGAGAUUGAAUGAGCAAUAUCGCUGCCAGCAUGGAUUGUUCAGCAGCUUCUCGAGCUUCUUGAGCUUUUCGAGCCGCUAUUCUUUCUGGUGAUUCUUGGAUAGGCGACGGUGCUGAGGUUUUUUCUUUAACUCUUCUCCUCCGCAAUUUUGGCGCGUCUUCCUGAUAUUCGAUCGUCUCCACUUCAUACUCCUCAGGAAGUACUUCGCUCUCAAGUUCUUCGGGUGCUAUUUGAAAUAAAGUAAUGUAAAAGUUGCGUGCUUUUUCUAGCCUAUGAAAUUGUAUGGAAAUUCAUAGUUUUAUGAAUGCAACUGAAGAAACGGUAUUUGGGUAGAGAAGAUUUACCCUCGAAGUAUUAUAACAAGAAGUUUACAUUAGAAAUUAUAUAUAAAGACCAAAUUUUUAUUGAUUCUCUGGUUUUUAUAUCACUUGGUGGUUAAAACGAAAUUUUAAUGUGAAAUAGUUGAAGAAGAGAAUGAUGUGAUUCAAGAUAUAAACCUUUUGAAAGUAGAUGAUAUGUUAGUUCAACUUCUUUAUUAAUCUGCAUAAUUAGUGUUAGUAAUACUUUUUAAAUGUUCAAGGGUUGAUAAAGACAUAUAUUUCCGACAUAUACAGGGUGGUUGGUAACUGGUAGUACAAGCGGAAAGGGGGUGAUUCUACGCGAAAAAAGAAGUCGAAAAUGUAGAAUAAAAAUUUUUUUUUUUUUAAUUUUUCCAUCGAGACAACGAUCUACAGUGAGAUCCGUUAUAACGUACCCCACGCGUACCGAGCGAAAAUCCAAAGUCGAUUUUCUCGAAAACAAAGCCCCAAACGAAAAAUUUUUAUUCUAUAUUUUCGACUUCUUUUUUCGCGUAGAAUCACCCCCUUUCCGCUUGUACCACCAGUUACCAACCACCCUGUAUAUCUUAAAUCACUCGUAUAAAAGACGGGAAAUGUGGCGGGAAGAGUUCUUUAAAUGCCUCAUAAAUGAAUAAAAAUCCACAGUAUACUUAUUUCAUUAAAAAGUAUCGUAAUAAGAUGGAGUAAUUUUAUAACUUUUGUAAGCGUCUUCCAUCAGUUUCUGAAUACGUUCUCUACGUUGUUCCACGAUGUCUUUACCAGACGCGGACACAAGAAUUUCCACAUCGUCCGGCGUAUACUUAAAUUGGUUCAUAAAGUCAUCAGGCCAUCUGAACGGUUAGUGUUAAUAUAUACAUAUACAUAUCUUCUGUUACAUAUAAACGAUAUAAAAUGAAAUUACUAAACUGAUAAUCGUUAUAGUCCAAGUUAACGAUCUCUCGCUUGUAUUCUAGCAUUCGGCCGACCGUACAAUCCAGAACCCGUUUUAUCAGGUCUCGUUUCUGUGUCUGAACCAUUUGAUCAUGACAAACUAUCAGUCUCUUGACCAAAUUGCGAUAUCUGGAAACGUACUCCAUCAACCUCUGCGUUUUGCAAAUAGUAAAAUUACAUCUGACAAUUAGACCAAUACCUGAGAUACAUUGGAAGCAGUAGAUUCAAUACAUGUUGUCUAUUUUUUGUAUUUGUUUGCUGUUGCAGUCUUCGAUCCAACUCUAUCAACUUGUCUAAAUCGUUUCGUGCGACGAGCCAUAAUUCAGUGUAAUAAGCAUGGGACAUUGAUUUCAGAUAGUUUUACUAAUAAUUUUGUUACAUGAAUUUAUUAUUAGAUUAUUGGUUAUUCAUGUUGGAAGUUAGACUGUAAAUUUUGAGGCGAUCGAAAGAUAAAGAGUUGGGUUAAUUGAAACGGAUGAUUGUACUGGAAUGACAAGACGGAAAGUUAUAGGACGAAAUUCAGUCGACACUCGUUGCGCCAUUAUUCGUGCUCAUUUCUUUCCUAUAUAAUAUCAUGUAAAUAUAUUAAGUGCGUUUACCGUGAUCAGAGGGAUAUUGUUCUACGGUUACAUGAAUUUUUAGAAAUAAUUAUAUUUCAGAAUGCUGUGGACGUCUCGAUGUUCCCUAAUCUUAUUGUUAACAACGAUAGCGUCUUGCAUGGACGCAACGAUAGAUGGUUUCUUGGAAGAUGAAACGACCACCAACGCGAUCUCUACGACCACCUCGGCACCAGUGGUCACAACCAUAUCUAGUUUAAAUAAAGUCGAGAAGGCGAUGGUUAAUUCGUCAAAUGCGGUAAAAAGCCAGGAUGAAGAAAAUAUUCAAGACCCGUCCCACGCAUCCUCCUCGCCUUCUUCUGACAUGGUUUGGGAGUGUCCAAAUAUUACAAAAGCGGGCGUUGAGUGUUCUUGCGACUUACCACACACGUUGAGAUGCACCGGUGAUAGAACAACACUGCAGAUUAUCAGCAAACAUUUGAGAUUCAGUCGUCCAGGAACGAUCUCCUUAUUGGAUGUAACAGUGACAGGAAUCUCUUUGCUACCAGCGCGCUUUCUGGAAGAUGUUGCUUUGCACGGACUCGUUGUUUCUACCGGAGAAUUGAGACGCGUCCAUGAAAACGCUUUUAUUGGUCUUGUAACACCUCUUCAAGCCCUUGGACUUCCGAACAAUUUAUUAGAUUCUGUACCUACUACGGCUUUGUCGCAUUUGGUCGGCUUAGAAAGAUUGGAUCUAUCUCAGAAUAAACUAAAGAUGUUAGAAGCUGAGUCUUUUAAGGGAUUGUCGAACCUGACAUAUUUAGAUCUAUGCGACAAUUUAUUGUCACAAUUAUCGCCUCAAGCUUUCGCUGCAGUACCUUUGCUACGCUCAUUGAGGAUGCGUGGUAAUCGUUUAAGCGUAUCUGCUCUCUCGGCACUCAGAGGGCUUAAAAGUUUGGAGGAACUUGAUCUGUCUAACAAUCUAUUAUUGGGUCCAAUGGGUCCAAAUCUUCUUCCUCAAAUGCCACGAUUACAUUUUCUUACCGUGUCCGAAAACGAACUAAUAAAUGUACAGCAAGGAGCCCUUGGGGGUUUAAGAAAUUUAACUUAUCUGAGCUUAAGCCAUAAUCAGGUAAUUCAUGUCCGUGAAUAUUAA